AAAGCGUUCAUCAAUGCCAAUUCCACGCCAGCCGUUGAGGUAGCCCCUCCCCUAAACAGAAUGUCCUGGUUGCCCUCCAUCCUCCUCCGCCCCCACUCUGGCGCCCUCAUUGUCCUCGGCACCUCCGCUCUUGGCGGCGCUGCCUACCGAUACUCCAGUUCAUCUUCGUCUGAUGCCUCGCUGAACCCGCACUCGUUUACCCCAUACACCCUUGUACACAAACAGCCAGUGUCGUCGACAAGCGCAAUAUUCACAUUGCGGAAUAGAGAAGGCGGUAGAGAUCCCGAGAGUUUAAAAGAGGGCUGGAAGCGCAGCGUUUGGAGCGUGCAGGUCAAGCAGCCGCAGCUGCAGAUUGCUCGGGCGUACACGCCCCUGCCUCCACUGUCGCAGACGUCACCACCGUCUGCUGCACCGGAAUCGCACAAUGCGGACGGUGCUGAUGACGACGCACAUGCGUCAGAGGACUUGCGCCUCCUAAUCCGCAAAGAGGAAGGUGGGGAAGUGUCGACGUACCUCCACACGCUUGCACCGCAAUCUACUGUUGAACUGCGAGGCCCGAAUACUGAAUGCGAGCUGCCGCAUGAUAUCAAGGAGGUUAUUUUCCUGGCCGGCGGGACCGGCAUUGCGCCUGCGAUGCAGGUGGCGCGUGCGCUGGGACAGCGCGCAGGGAGUCGGAUGUGGAUUCUUUGGGCGAAUAGGCGGAGGGAGGAGUGUGCUGGGGGCGUGAGUGAUGGUGAUGAGGGCGAUGGGGAGACAGUAAGGAUGUUAAGGCUGCAGCCGCAGUCUACCUGGUGGAGGGGGCUGUUUUGGGGGAGAGCCCGAGGGACAGAGACAGUGCCGUUGCACACGCAACGACAGAUGCAGACGCUCGUCGGUGGCCACAGCAGUGAAGCUAAGGGCAAAGGCAUCAUCGUCCAAGAACUCGAAUCCCUGAAGACGCGCGGUACGCCUCAUACAAGGGGUCUGAGUAUCUCAUACUAUGUCGAUGAAGAAAACCACUUCAUCAGCCCGGGAGAUGUAGCGAAACGGUUACACGUGGAUGCCCAAUCUCAUCAUGACCACGGUGAGAAGGGCUCAAAAGUUAUUUUGGUGUCGGGACCCGAUGGAUUUAUUGCUCAUUGGGCCGGUAAGAAACUUUGGGUUGGCGGGAGGGAGGUCCAGGGCCCUUUGGGGGGCGUGCUGGGCCAGAUGGAUUUGGGCGAUUGGAGGGUUUUUAAGCUGUGAGUAAAUGGAAUAUGUUCGAGGGCGUACUGAGUACUCGGCAUGGCGAGAUUAUUGUAGGGAGUAAGGGAAAUCUGAUACCCUCCCUCUGCAAACCAUUAGAUAAUGCAAAAUCAGAAUUGAA